UAGCUGACUCACCCGUGCAAGUUGAUACUUGAACAACUGCACAAUACUAAAGUUUAGUAACUUAUAUAUUACCAAAAAAUACUUUAAUGCAUUGUAAUUUACGUCGUAACAAGAUAAAGAAAACCGUUAAUUUCAAUACAUAAGAUGGGCGACAUAAUAAGAAGCUUGUACACUUCUCCAACCACUCAGGGUUUGAACAUUGUCACAGUUGUUGACGCGCUCUCCAGCCUAGCCACGUUGAACCUUCUUAUCGCCGCGGAAAUUAAAUAUUCGAAAGGAAUAUAUGACAAAGACUUUGCCACAAUUGUUACCGUCCUGAUGGUAAUUUUUGGCACGGUUGGACUCUGCUUAACAAUCUGUUUCUACAAAGCUGUCCGUAACCAAUUCAGCGAGGGCGGCGUCGCGGUCGCCUACUACAGAUUGUGGCUGCUCCUUAAAACGCUCGUUUAUCUGGUCGACCUUAUCCUCAUACUUAUCCACGCGCCUGCCAGGAUGUAUGGACUUCCCCAUUUCAUGGUCAAUUCUCUCGCCGCAUUUUUCUUUUUCUUUGCAACUUUGGUAAUUGUGAUUAAUCUGUUCCGGGGCGAUUCCAACUAUUAAUUAUUUAACUACACUCUAAGUAAAAUUUACUCAAGGUUGAGUAGAAAAUGAUCCAACCUACAACAAAAUUUAUUCACCCGUUGGCCAAAUUUUGCACAACUUUGGCCAUCUUCGUUUUUACUCAACCUUCAGUAAAUUUUAUUUAUGUGUAUUUAGAGGAUACAAGUAACGCUGACGAUAUGUUUAAGUGCGACGAAAAUGUAAUAAUCUUAUGUAUAUAGAUAUUGAAAAUAAACCAAUUUAUCAAAUCGGAAAUGCAA